AUGCCCGGGGCCGCCAGACUCCGCCCUGAUAAGGCGCUAUGUGGACACAGCAUUGCGUUCCAAGUCCAGCUGGUCAGACACGACAUAACUUGGCAUGUGGGCUUUUGGUGGUCCUCGUGGUUGCUCUUCCUUUUACUGUUCGUGGUACACGGAAUACCAGCAACGCACAUGUACCACGAGCUGUACAACACAGCCCACCACGCUGAAGAGACUUCCACGGAGAAUAUGUCCCUUCCUCUUGUUUUUGAACCAGCUGCGUCGGAGAUGCAACCUAAUGGCAGGGGCCCUUCUUCUCUUCCAGCAUCGCCUACUCGCACGGACCCGAACAUUCCUGGUGUUUCCGAAAGGUUGCAUUAG